ACAAACAUGUUGCGGCGGAUAUUAAUGAUUUGAAGAAAAAUUUGAUUGCAAUGAAUAAUAAUAAUAAUAAUAAUCAUCUGAAUUUAGAAGAUCAACGGCCAAAAUCCACAUUAUUAGAUCAACAGCAAUGGCAGAUGUUUCGAAUACCAAUGAAAUCACAGCAAUCAUUAUAUGGACAUCCAAUACAAACAGAUCGACAAUCAAUUCAAAAUCAUUUGUCAUUUAUUUAUGAUGAUGAUGAUGAUGUUAAUUAUAAAAACAUAGCCAACAGGGAAUUCUUUCAACAGCAACAACCAUUGCAUCUGAAAAACAUUGCAUCCAACGCCAUUCACAAUAAUAAUAAUCAUCAUCAUCAUCAUCAUCAUCCUCAUCAUCAACAACAUUCAUUAUUAUCAUCAUCAGUUGGUGUACCAGUAAAACGGCGAACUUCUGCACAAGGAUUUCUACGAUUCGGUCGUCUUAGUUGGCCAUUGAAACAAACAAUAUUGAAUGGUAUGAUUAAUAAUAAUAAUGGUGGCAGUAAACGUGGUGAAGAAACGGCAUUUCUUCGGUUUGGCCGUACACCGGAAUCGAUAUCUGAAUCAAUGUUGCCAUCAUUUACAUCACCACCAUAUAUAUUUUGAAAAUCAAAAAAAAAAAAAAAAAUUCUUCUUCCCAUAACAAAAUUACAUACAUAGUAGUAGUAGUAGUAAUUCUUACAUGAAAACGAAUCCGGAAUUUUUUUUGUCCCCGUUUGAAUAUUUUAAAUUUUCGGCUCAUCUGUUGUUUGUUCAAAGCACGAAAAAAAAUUGAGAUUGUCAUCAAUAUCUUUCAGAAUAAUAAUUUUAAAAUUUCAACAAUUUCAUCAUAUCCAAUUGUCUUGUAUUCUCACCAAUAAAACCGUUGUUCAUUCAUUCAUUCAUUCUUUUUGAAAAACACUGUGGUUGGUAUAUAAUCGAUUAAAACAAAUCAAAUCAAAUCGAAUCAAACUAAUCAAUC